AUGGAGACCCUGGAGGAAAGUGAACUCUGCUUUCCACAACUCCUCAACUCCUCCUGCAGGAAGCCAAAGCGUCCACUCACUGAGGCUGUGCUUCUUUACAGUCUUCUGUCCUUCAUCUCUCUGCUCACUGUGAUUCUCAACCUGCUGGUCAUCAUCUCCAUCUCACACUUCAAGCAGCUCCACACCCCCACCAACUUCCUCCUCCUCUCUCUGGCUGUCUCAGAUUGCAUCGUGGGCCUCUUCAUGUUCUUUGAGAUUUUCCUCACAGAUGGCUGCUGGUUAUUCGGUGACAUCAUGUGUGUCCUGCAUCUGUAUCUAUCAUAUAUUACUACCUCUGCCUCAGUAGGAACCAUGGUGCUCAUAUCAGUCGACCGCUAUUUUGCCAUUUGCUAUCCUCUGCAUUACUCCACCAAAGUCACUGUGAAAGCAGUUUCAAUCUCUGUUAGCCUCUGUUGGGUCUGUUCUCUUCUGUACAACAGUCUGAUAAUGAUGGAUAACUUGAAACAACCAGGCAGGUAUCAUUCCUGCUCUGGACAGUGUAUGGUUGUCAUUAACUAUAUUGCAGGGAUUGCUGACCUUAUUUUGACCUUUAUUGGUCCUGUCACUGUCAUCAUAGUUCUGUAUAUGAGAGUAUUUGUGGUGGCUGUGUCUCAGGCUCGAGCCAUGCGGUCUCAUAUUGCAGCAGUCUCACAACAAAAAUUAGGGAAAGUAACUGCUAAGAAAUGUGAGAUGAAAGCAGCCAGGACUCUUGGUGUUGUUGUACUUGUGUUUCUGAUAUGCCUUAGCCCAUUUUACUGUAUCUCUCUUGCAGGCCAGGACAGCUUAUUUGGCGUGACCUCUUUGCCCUUAGAGACCUGGCUGAUCUUUUUUAACUCUUGUCUAAAUCCAGUGAUCUAUGCUUUCUGCUACCCCUGGUUUCUCAGAUCCAUUAAGCUCAUUGUCACAUUUAAGAUAUUUCAGCCUGACUCCUGUGAUGCCAGCGUACUGUAG